CACCAUUUUGAUAUGUGGAGGUUGUAUUGUAUUCCAUGCAUUAUUGUUCAAAGAAAGUGUAUUCAUAAUAACAACAAAAUACCGUUUGUAUUGUUUUUUAUUUAAGAUACAUUCGCUUCCAAGCAACUUCCCCGUGUCAAGCAAGCUACUUCCGGUUCGGCUAAACAGCAACAACUAACAUCAGUGGCUGAGAUAAAUGGACAGAAUAACUGUGCCCCCGGUGGGCCCCAUGGACCUUCCCUUGUCCCUGUUGGAGAUGGGAUGCUCUGGCAGGUUUGAAAUCAUCACCCAUCCUUCACCAGGGCUGCCUUUCCCUCCUCAGACUACACUCCCUAAUGGUCUUCCCCCUACAUGCCUGAGUCUGGAGGAUGAAGUGAGGAAACAGUUUUUACAGGACCCCGCCUGGCUUCCUUUACACGACACAGACUUUGCCUUCCAGAGGUUUCUCAAAGUGACAGAAAGAAAGACGAAUGUCGACUCGCUUCUCAACUGCACUCAGGCGCCGCUCCAUUCCGGCCUGUCUGUCGUCAGAGAUCCGACCACAGGGAUGCUGCUGGAUUUCACAGAGGUAUUAUUGGAGAACACCGGUCUUUCUGCAAAGAACUCACUGUCAUUACAACGCAAACCUGGACCUCCUUCAGAGAGUCUGAGAGGCAGCAACACCAAUUAUCCCUUCCUGCCUGGGGGCAUGGAAGAACUUACUCUGGACCAAAUCAAGAACAAAUCUGAGCUGGAACAGGAAGUAGACUUUGAAAAUGAUUUACUCAGAAUCCCCCCUGGUUUUAAAGCUGGAAUGGACUUCACUGAUAAAGAAGCGAAAAUCGCGAAACCAGAGGUCAACCUCAUGUCGCUACUGUCCGCUUCUGAUGACAUCACUGACUUGAUGGCUGAUGUAGAAGGGAAGGUGAAGGGGCAAAAACACGAGGAAGCUGCCAAACUACCAAGAACAAACAGCCUUGAAGACCUGGGCAUCCAGGCGGCUGUGUCAUCCUCCUCUCACUUCAAUAAGGAAAAAGAUGUGAACUCAAAGCAGAGUGAGAAGCCAGAAGAUAAUAAAAAAUGGGCAAUUCCUGUGGACAUAAGUUCUCCUUGCGAGGACUUCUACAAACGCAUUCCUCAUCCGGCUUUCAAGUGGCCGUUUGAGCUAGACGUGUUCCAGAAACAAGCCAUACUGCGACUGGAGGCCCACGAAUCUGUGUUUGUAGCCGCACACACAUCGGCUGGCAAGACAGUGGUGGCCGAAUACGCCAUCGCCCUCUCACAGAAACACAUGACAAGGACCAUCUACACUUCCCCAAUCAAGGCCUUGUCAAAUCAGAAGUUCAGAGACUUCAAAGAAACUUUUGGAGAUGUGGGACUCCUUACAGGUGACGUCCAAAUCAGUCCCGAGUCUUCAUGUCUCAUCAUGACCACUGAGAUUCUUAGGUCUAUGCUGUACAACGGUUCAGAGGUCAUCAGAGACUUGGAGUGGGUCAUAUUUGAUGAGGUCCACUACAUUAAUGACGCUGAGAGAGGGGUUGUGUGGGAGGAGGUUCUGAUCAUGCUUCCCGAUCAUAUCAGCAUCAUUCUCUUGAGCGCCACAGUGCCAAACGCUCUGGAGUUCAGCGAGUGGAUCGGCCGCAUUAAGAAGAGGCACAUUUACGUGAUCAGCACAUUAAAGAGGCCUGUGCCUCUGGAGCAUUAUUUGUACACUGGAAACAACACAAAGACCCAAAAGGAGAUGUUUCUGCUUUUGGAUGCAGCAGGAAACUUCCUCACUAAAGGGUACUAUGCAGCUGUGGAUGCCAAAAAGGAACGCACCAGCAAGUAUGCCCAGUCUUUUGGCACAAAAAGCACAAAUCAAAACACCACAGCGAGUCAGGACCGAGCGGUGUGGCUCACCCUCUUGCACUUCCUGUCCCAGCGCCAGCAGACUCCCGUGGUGGCCUUCACAUUCUCCCGCACACGCUGCGACAAGAACGCCCACUCUCUGGAAUCCAUGGACUUGACCACGUCCAUAGAGAAAGCAGAGAUCCACUCCUUUUUCCAGAAGAGCCUAAGUCGCCUUCGAGGAGGAGACCGACAGCUUCCUCAGAUUGUGCUCAUGAGGGACCUAUUGAAGAGAGGAGUGGCUGUCCAUCACAGCGGGAUCCUGCCAAUACUCAAGGAGGUCAUUGAGAUGCUAUUCUCAAGAGGUCUAGUCAAGGUGCUGUUUGCGACUGAGACGUUUGCAAUGGGAGUAAACAUGCCUGCCAGAACUGUGGUGUUCGACAACAUUCGUAAACAUGACGGAACCAGCAAUAGAAAUCUGCUGCCUGGUGAAUAUAUUCAGAUGGCGGGGAGAGCAGGCAGAAGAGGUCUGGAUGCGACAGGCACUGUCAUCAUUCUAUGCAAAGGCGGCGUUCACGAGAUGUCCGAUCUUCAUGUCAUGAUGCUGGGAAAGCCUACCACCCUCCACUCACAGUUCAGGUUGACCUACACUAUGAUCCUAAACCUGCUGCGAGUGGAGGCUCUCCAUGUGACGGACAUGAUGAAGAGGAGCUUCUCUGAAAACCACAGAGACACUCAGGCUCAUGAAAAGAGGAUCACCCAGCUGAAGAAGACAUUGGCCACGCUACCACCUCCUGCCAAUGAGGGCCAGCUGUCUGAUGUGUUACCGUACUACCUCACUUUGACAGAACUACAAACCACUAAAGACAUCCUCCAGCAUGCUAUUCUGGAGUCGGUCAGCGGGCUGAAAGCUCUGUCUGUGGGCCGGGUUGUGGUGGUGAACAACAAGCAGCAUCUCAACGCCCUGGGAGUCAUUCUGCAGGUGUCCAACGAUGCCGUGAAUCGCACCUUCACCGCGCUCAUUAUAUGCGAGAAAGGCAAUGAGGAAAUGGAAGGGAUCGGCGGUGACAGCCAAGCUUUUUCUCACCACUUCCACACGUCACUUUUCAUCCCUGAAGGUCCAUGCAGCCACACGGUGCAGAAGCUAAACCCACAGGACAUCUCUGCCAUCACAGUGAAGACCCUGAAAGUGAUCCCUGACAGGAUCAUUGACAACUAUCAUAAGAGACAACAACCCAGAUUCAGAAGUGAACCCCCUGGCCAGGCCAUCUCCACGGCCUCACAGGAGCUCUUGCGAAUGGCCGAGGCCAACCCCGACGGCGUCGCCACCCUCCACCCGGUGAACGACCUCCAGCUGAAGAGCGUGGACGUGGUCGAGGCGUCCCUACGCAUCCGUGCGCUGCAGGACAGCCUAAAGGAUUUUAACUGCAUCCAUUCGCCCACGUUUGCAGAGCAGUUUGCACGGGUUAAGGAGAGAAUGAGUGUGCAGGAGGAGCUAGACAAACUACUCUUUUUGGUGUCAGACCAGUCACUGUCUCUACUGCCCGAGUACCACCAGAGGAUCAAGGUGCUGCAGUCUCUUCAGUACAUAGACAGCAGCGGCGCGGUGCAACUCAAAGGCCGAGUGGCCUGUCAGAUCAGCAGCCACGAGCUGCUGCUCACUGAGCUGCUGUUCGAGAACGUGCUAAGCCCUCUGGCGCCCGAAGAGAGCGCCGCCCUGCUGUCCUGUUUGGUCUUCACACAGAAUACGCAAGUGAAGCCGCAUGUUAGCAACAACCUGAAAGAGGUUACGGAUCGGGUGUUAUCGGUUGCCAAGCGUAUCGGAGAGCUCCAGAGGGAUUGUGGGUUACCACAGACUGCAGAAGAAUUUGUGGGCCAGUUCAAGUUUGGCUUGACCGAAGUGGUGUACUGCUGGGCCAGAGGCAUGCCCUUCGCAGAGAUCGCCCAGCUGACAGACGUCCAGGAAGGCACGGUGGUCCGCUGCAUCCAGCGUCUGGACGAGGUGCUGAAGGAGGUGCGACAGGCCGCCCGCAUCGUGGGCGACUCCGUGCUGGGAAGCAAGAUGGAGAAAGCGUCCCUGGCCAUCAGGAGGGACAUCGUCUUUACUGCUUCCCUCUACACGCACUGAGAGAUGGGCGAACACUUCAUAUCAGCUCACUACGGUGAUAUUUUUUUAUGAUAAACCCUAAUCUGGCUUGCGAUGUGUGAGGGCUUUGACAUCUGCAUCAGUUUUUUUAAAUAAAGGGAAACCUACAAAUGAAUUUAACUUAAAUAA